UCGACUGAUUAGGAAAACCUGUGGAUCCGGGGGCCGGAGUCCAAAGAAGAGCAUUUGAUCUUGAAGGUGAGGUUGACUAAGUGGUGGUGAACUCAAAUAGUUGAAUUUAGCUUGCAUUUCUGCAGAGGAUUGUCUGGAAAACAGAGUGACGACCAACCCGUAACGGGUUGUUUUUCACGUCUCCACGAAUUGGAGAGUGGUUCAUUUUGGCUAACUAGCUUUUUGACAUAAUUAGGUUGCUCAAAAGUUCCAACAUUUUCCAGAACUUUGCCAUGGACGAUUAGACGGUCGCCAGCAGACGCAGUCGGGAUUACUAUCAAUUUGUGCAACUCUCGGCAACCGUGACCAUGUCUGACCGAUCCCAGACCUCCAACUCUGAGUGCAACAGCAGACCUUACGACUUCAGCCGGGCUACUAUGUACUCACAGGCCCUGGCUCAAGAAGGAUUGGGCGGCUCGUCGCUCCAGAUACCACACGGUGUGCUGCAAGACCCGGCCCUAAUCUUCAACAAAGCGGCAUAUAACGGAAUUACCCAGGCUGCCGCUCAAAGUUUUUUCCCGUUCCCUCCCGUCGGUGGUGACUACAGGGCCUCCGACUCUCAGGCUGGGGACUUCGGCCAACCCAAACACUGGUAUCCCUUCGCCGCUUCCGAGUACACAGGGCAAGUACCAGGGGUCGCUGCGGUCACACAACCUACCAACCACAGUCCACCUAUUGCCGAAACCAGGGAGCAGAUCAAGAUGCCCGAGAUAAAGACAGAAAAGGAGGUGAAUGACGAGUACUCGACCGAUAUAAAGAUUCAACAGUAUCAAACCCCACCGACUUCCGCCAUGACUCACGGGAUGUAUUAUUCGGCUCCAUGGAACCCGUCUUUCUGGCCCGGUUUUACUCAUAUGACGGCCGCCAGCACCAGUAGUCAAAAUGCCACCACAUCAUCUACUUCGUCACCUUCUCUUUCGCCAUCUCCCCCAAGCAAUGGACUGCCCGUGAACGCGUUCUUCAGCGGGAGUGCAAGCCAGACCGUCCCGGCAACACCGACUCAGAACUCCAACUCAACUCGUAGCAGCGGUUCUUCCAGCGGCGGGUGCAGCGACUCAGAGGAAGAGGAAAACCUCUCAACUGAAGAGUUGGAGCUGUUUGCCAAGGAAUUGAAACACAAGCGUAUAACAUUAGGUUUCACACAAGCAGAUGUGGGCUUGGCCCUGGGAAAUCUUUAUGGCAAGAUGUUCAGCCAGACAACUAUUUGUCGUUUUGAAGCCCUCCAGCUCAGCUUCAAGAACAUGUGUAAACUGAAGCCCCUGCUCCAGAGGUGGCUGAACGAGGCAGAGACCUCCGACAACCCACAAGAUAUGUACAAGAUAGAGCGGGUGUUUGUAGACACCCGGAAGAGAAAGCGAAGGACCAGCCUGGAGGGGACCGUGCGCUCUGCACUGGAGUCCUACUUUAUCAAGUGUCCAAAACCCAACACCCAGGAGAUCACGCACAUAUCCGACGACCUGGGUCUAGAGAGAGACGUGGUGCGCGUGUGGUUCUGCAACCGCCGACAAAAGGGGAAGAGGCUGGCACUUCCCUUCGACGAGGAGUGCGAAGGACAGUAUUACGAGCAGAGCCCUCCCCCACCACCGCACAUGGUGCCCUCCCCUAUGCCCGGGCAGGGAUACCAUCCCAACACCCAUCACGGAGCCCCUGCCCUCUACAUGGCCCCUCUUCACCGACCUGAUGUCUUCAAGCAGGCCCUGCACCCUGGGUUGGUGGGCCACCUGACCAGCUAAAUCUGCCUCUUUUAGUCCUCGGCUGUACCCCCCCCCCCCCCCCCCCCAGCCAGGUAACCUGUACUUCACCUGAAGUGGCUAACUUUCACUCCUCUGUGGCUUAUACCACCUCCACAAGACGUGGGGUUUAAGAAAUGGCAAACAUAAAGGGUUGUAAUGGACAUCCUCUUAUUUUGGAGACGGUAAUACAGUGGUGAUUGAUUGCUGUUGGAAUCGUUCCACCUGACAUUCCCUGGUGGCGUUGCAGAUGUUAAAGCCGUCCACAGCUCGGCCCAAUGUUUAAACAGUGACUGGAAACCCCCAGUGGAGCUUCUUGAGACUGGGAGGGAGGAGGUAGGCCGGAGGGCAUUGGGUGGAUGAAACAAUGCUUUUGCACAAAGUUGUGAUUUUUUUAUGGAGUCAAAAGUUCUCAAUUUUUAAAAACAAAAGUUUGUAUUUCUUAUUUUAAUCAAAUGUUUUUGUCUUGCCUUAUCGAUGCAGUCCCUGCUAAAGUUAUGCAGGUUGUGGAAAUUGUUUACAGUUCAGAUGGAACCCCACUUCUACCUUUUAACAGGGUUGGGGUACUCGGUACAAAAGUCAGAUUUUAUCCUAUCUUCCUCCAUUUUCUAUAUUGGGCACAUUAUUUUUUAACAGAUUUUAUUUUGAAUGUAGAAAUGUGGUUGCUUAUGAGAUGAGUGAAAACUACAGGAACAUGUCUGCAUUGGUUUGGGGGCAUUGAGUACUGCCCCCCCCCCCCCCCCCCCCUCCCAGCAAUCAGACCAGUCUUCCUGCUUUGUCUCUGAUCCAGUGUUACUUGUUCUGUGAACUUGCGGGGUACAGAUUUGGGUGAUUUGCUGCUCUUUCCAAACCGUCCAUAAAUGUUUGACUUUAGUUAGUGCAAUUUAGUUGUACAUGUGACUGGGGGUCAGGAAAUGGCCUUAUCUAUGCCGGUGAGCCUUAUCACUCUUUUCUCUAACAGCACACAUGUAUGAAAUAAUAUUCUGAUAAUUUAUUGACAUGCAACGAUCUGAAGGGAAUUAAUGUUACCUGUAACUCUGCACCUAGCAAUUAAAUUCUUAUUUCCAUUCAAACCUGG